AUGUCACAAUUUGUCGGUUAUACACUUGAGCUCAUUCUCAAGGAUGGUCCGAGCAUAAAAGGUGUGGUGUCGAAAAUCGAGGACAAAGACGUGACCCUUGUUGAUGCAAUUUUCACUGGAAAGGAAGAAAACUUGAUACACGAGAUCACUUUCAGCGGCAAAGCCAUCAAAGAUCUGAUCGUGUUUGGACUUCCACCAAAGAAGAAGGACAAGAAACAGAAGGUCAAUGCCGCCUCAACUGUCGAAAGCAAGAAAGCCCCCAAAAAGAAGAAGGAAGAGGCCAAGAGCGGUAAUGUUGAUUGGGGUGCUUUCAGCGUUGAGAAGAUCAAGAGUGAGGACUUUGAUUUUGCGUCCAACCUUCAAAAGUUUGACAAGAACGAGGUAUUCAGACAGUUGUCUGAGUCCGACAACAUUGAUGCUUCGCAGAGACUUGUGGGGCACAACAAGAUCAAGACAAAGUACGACAACACUGAAAUGGUUCUUUCGAAGCCGAGCGAAGACGACUGGGAGUCCAUUCACAGUGAUGGCGACAAAACCUCAAGCAGUCAAAAGAGCAGUCAGAAGAGCCACUCUAGCGAAGCUCCAAUAAAACAAAUCGCUAUUCAGAAACCCGCCAGAAAUUUGACGCCCUCCAAUACGGGAUUCCAAUUGAUCUGUGGCAAAGAAGUGCUCCCAUUGUGUACACCUGUUCAGCUACUUGAAAUUGAGCGAAUUGCAGGAGAGACGUUUGACAUUGACUUCGCAUUGAUGACCGAGAAUGCCAGCAGAGGCCUGAGUGAGCUGGUGAUCAACAUUCUCGGGGGAAAUACCGGUAGAUUCUCAGGUGCAAACCAUAACGCUCCUGCUUUGGUUCUGCUGCUGGUGGGAAACAACAGAUCUGGUGCGCGCGCACUAGCGUUGGGAAGACAAUUGGUCAACCAUGGCGUGAGGGUGAUCUCCAAUAUGAUCACAGAACAGAUUCAAGAUCUGUUGCCCAUGGUGAAGAAACAGCUGGACAUGUUCACAAAGUUUGGUGGAAAAACCACCGGCUCACUCAGACAGUUGCAGACUGUUCUGACAAAAACUGAAUCGCCUCUUGAACUAAUUGUGGAUGGUCUACAGGGUUAUGACAGUAGUUUGAAUGAUCUGUUUGGCGAGGAAUUGGAUAAGGUCAAGGAACUGAUCUCGUGGUGCAAUUCCCAGACAGAAAGGGCCUCGAUCCUCUCCAUCGAUGUCCCAGCAGGCCUCGAUCCAAGCACCGGAAUGGAAGAAUCACCCGAUAUUGUGGUGAUAGAAAGCAGGUGGAUUGCUUCCAUUGGCCUUCCACUCAACUUGAUCUCGAAUGCCUAUCGUUUCGGCUACGCUAAACGGGGUGACUGGAUCCAUUACCUCAUUGACUCGUGUAUUCCAAAGGGCGUUUUCAAGCAGGGUAAUCUCAAGAAGUUUGACCGUGUUUGGUUUACCAACAAGUCUCAUGAGGCAUUGGAGGUGGUUGUCUAG